AUGCUUCACCACGGCCGGAACAGCACGCCGCUUUUAGUCUGGUACGACCCCAUCCGCAUCGCCUGGGAGAUGGCCACCGCUGUCGCGUUUCUCCAGUGCCAGGCCGACUGCAGGCCGGACCCCAUCAUCCAUCGUGACAUCAAGCCAGCCAACAUCCUGCUCGAUCAGAACCUCGCCAGCAAGGUCGGUGACGUGGGCCUCUCGACGGCGCUGCUCCUCCCGGCCACCAACCUGAGCCACGGAGGCCAGCAGUCCAGCACCUGUCGUCGUCCACGAUUGGUCAAGCACACGGCGUCAUGCCACGAUGGUCAAGUCCGACGUGUAUCCGCUGAGCGUCGUGAUGCUGCAGAUGCUCACGGGGAGGACGUCGCCGCUGGGGCUCGCCGCCUCGCUCACGCCGUCGAGGCUGCGCUGGAAGACAGCGGCAACGACUUCACGGACAUGCUGGACGUACGCGACCGGAUGCGAGUGGCCGCUGGAAGAGGCGCAGGAGCUAGCCGCGCUGCCGCUCCGGUGCACCGAGAUUUUGUACAGGGACAGCCAAGGUUGCACAUCAAAGGGCGGCGCUGUUAG